UUAUUCUAUAUCUUCCUUUUAAAGAGAAUAGGGAAAUUGGAUUCAGCUAGCAGUGGCUAAUUGCACCGGGGAAUAACCGACUGUGUUAUUAUCAACUUCUCAAUGUAAAACUUGGAUUUACAUAUUUCCUUAAAAUCAAGUAAGCAUUUUUUUUCACAUGUACGGUGGAAAUGCUGCAAAAAAUCAGAAUGAGUCCUGAAGUUCUCACCAAUCAAAACAUCAGUGAAAGUGAAAUUGGUGGUUAUAGCACAGGCCAAGGAUCUCCUUUGCCUGGGGAAACUGCCAGCCCCAGAAGUUAUUCUCAACAGAGCCCAUCUUUGCCAGCUUCUGGAUUAACAGAAUUUAAUGCUGUGAGUCCCAAGAUCUGUCAUACUCCCCCAAUAAAAAUCCAGGAGAUGUCUGCUCUUACUGACUCUACGCUGAGCACUUUCCCCCCUCAGAAGCGGUAUGUUGGCGUUCGGGUAAAAAUGCCAGUGCGGGAAUUGCUGAGAAAAGUCCGGCUUUCCAAAGGGAUGGACCCCAGUGACAUAAAGGAAACACAAUCAAUAAGGGCAACUACAACUAAAAGAUCUUCUGGAACAACAGCAAGAAGAAAAGCUCACCCUUAUUCAGAAAAACAGCUCAGACAGAAAAAGCAAAGUUCUGAGCAAGCACUAAAAGGCUUGGAGGACCUUGAUAUCUUGGUUGAAGUACUGGAGGAAGACCUGAACAAGAGCCACUCAAAGCUAGAGUCUCUGAGCCCUACGCCAGCUUGCUGCCGGCGCAGCUUUCCCCCUGAUAUUCAGGCCUCUUGGUGGGAAGUUAACGGCAGCAAACAACCAGCUGGCAGCCUGCUGGAAAGGAGCCAGAACCUGACCAAAUCACAGUUGUGUUGCCCGUUUCCUGAUUGCCACCAACUACUGUGUGGACAAGAGGAGAAUUCUUACUUACCCAAUUAUAAAAAAAUGCAACACCCAGACGCCCUGGAAAUAUCAUUUCCGAGUAAAAAUGAGGAACAGAACAGCUGGCAGAUGCAGCAUCCUUUUAUCAGUCCCCAGGGGCAUUUCCCAGAGCCUUCUGCACAGGACAGACCUUUCUGCUAUAAUCCACCAGGACACCAUUCAGAGGAGUUCUUGGAAGUUGAUGCAACCUCCCAGGACUAUGUGGGACAUUUGAAGUCAACCUCUGUUUCUUUCGAACAGCAGGACCUUUCUGCCCUCUCUUUCUUCCAGUUCCAACUAUACUGGGAGGAGAGUCUCCUGAGAAAUAUCCCAGUGGACAAGUUGCUUGCACCUGAUGAAAAUGGGAACAGGCUCCUGCACAAGGCUGUCACUCAAGGAAGGAGAGCACGGGCUUAUGCACUUGCACAGAGAUUGGCAUCUCUAAACAAAAUUGAUGAGAAGGAUGCAGCCAAACGGACGGCAUUACAUCUAGCUGCUGAAAAGAACCAGCACCUGAUGGUCAAUGAUUUGAUUUCUCUGGGUGCCAAUGUCAAUGAACAGGACAGUUUUGGGAAAACACCACUCCAUCUGUGUGCAGAGAAUGGGUACUUAAGAGUUUUGGAUGUUCUGAACAAAUGUAAAGAAGGCGGCAUGCAUGUGGAAGUGGAUCGAACUGACCAUAGCGGUUUAACACCAUUGCACUGUGCAGUUCUUGCUCACACUGCAUUAGCGAGGGAGUCUCAAAAAAUCCUCAACCACACUGACACGCGAAAGUUUCUGCAAACGCGCAAAGAUCAAAUUCUUGAGGGAAUUAAUUGUUUAUUACAAAUGGGAGCAAACCCUGGGCUGCAGAAACCAAAAUCAUGUCAAACUGCCACUCACUUUGUAAAAAUCCAGGAAAAUAAGGAGAUGACAUGUUUCCCACAAUCUCAUGGCCCCAAAAGGGAGGACUUUCUUCAGGAGCUCAGUGAUGCUCACUGCCCAUGUGCUCCAGGUUAUAAGACUUUAAUGGAUGGGAGGAGACACUGUGUUAGACAGGUAUAUGACAUUUGUAGAGAUGCAACUUCCCGAAACCAGGAAGGACAGUGCUUGACUAAGAAAGAAUGGAUGAAAUACUGUACAAAUAAGGUUUGUGCCCUUCCUGAAGACUAUCAAGGCUAUGACAAGGUUCUUGGCCUCUGCGUUUGUCGAGCAGACAAUCUGAACAGUGUGUGUAACUCUCAGUGUAGAAGACAACAAAGAGACAUUCUGCAGUUUGUCUGUAAAGGGAAAAAUGCUCAACUUUCUAUCACUUACAGAAAUGGGAGCCAGAUUGCCAUUUUCUUGGAACAAUUAAAGGCAGUUCUACAAGUGCUGCGUUCCUCAGCUAAGAACCCCUGCCCUACAGAGCACAGCAUGUCUUCCUAUCCUGUAUACAUGGUGAAAACAAAUGGAAAAGGGUUUUUGGGUGUCUACAAUCCUGACCCUGAACUGCUGCACAAGCUCAUUGUGCCAAACAAAAUUUCAUCUCCUGACAAAAGUGUACCAUUGUCAGCAGCAGCUCCAGGAAAGACUGGCAACGAAGAUCCUCAAUUUUACUGGGCUCAAAGCCAGAGGCCUUCAAACUCUACAUUGCAAAUCACAUUUACAGGCAUCUUAAAUCCCACUACAUGCAUCAGUGGUAACGUUACCAUCCUCUUCAUUGUUUCUAAAGAACAUUAUCCAGUGUAUGAUGUAAACAACUUGUACAACACAAAUAAUGAAUUUGACUGGGGAGGAUUCCGCAGCCUGGCAGAGGAAAUCAAACUGACCUCCACCAGCUUCCUCCUUUUCCUGUACCAAUUCCAGCAUCCUGGCACCUAUGUCCUUGGGCUCAGUAGUAACCAGAACAAAAAAAUGCUUCUUUGUCAAGACUUGGGUUGGUCCAAAGAAGGAACUACCUGCCCUCCAUUUCGAAGGCUGCAGCUGAAAUAUAAUCUUGACAAAUAUUCCUCCAAAGGAUCCACAGUGAUUUCAGUUAAAAAAUGUCAUCCCAAGCUAAAGAACAAAGGCAGCUUGGAUGAAAACUGUGGCAACGCUGAUGAGACAGAAGCUUUCUUCCUAGAAACAGGUGAAAUCUGGGAGUCUGAAGAACAGAUAAACCUGGAUUCAUUCAAUACCAAUGUCUUCUUUGAAAUUCUGCGCAUGCAGUCUCUGUCAGUCACAGCCAAACUGAGCCAAUUUAAAGAAGAGGGUUAA